CGGCAUCGAAGCGAAGCGAACCCAAGUCCCACGCACAGUAACAGUAUCUCAGGUUUCUCCGUUUAUCCUCGACCGACCAAACAAAGCUCUUCUCUGUGGCAAGAUUCGAACCCAAAACCUCACUUUCCCUACCUGGAGCUGCUGAAAGAGAGAGAGAGAGAGAGGGGGGGGGGGGGGGAGGGGAAAGGAAAGAGGAAUAAGAAGACAAAUAAAGGCAGAGAAAUGGUGUCAUGAUCGGGUCUAGACUUCGCAUACUUAUCCUUUUUUUUUUCGGUUGAAGCUCAAAUCCUGAACUUCUCAUGCCGCAUAUUCCAAAACCCUAGUAAAGCUCUUGAAUCGCUCCCUAGUCCGUAAUCUCAAUCUUUCUGAAUCUGUUGGUUGAAGGUUGAAUGAACCCUAGUUUAUCUAAGAGGGAGUGCGCGAACAAGGAAUUCGUGAAUUUGAGUCGUGAUUGGUAGAUCGGUGAUUUGGAAAUUGGAACUGUUUUGAGAGUUCUAAUGCCGGAAGAGGACCUGGUCGAACUUAAAUUCCGUCUGUACGAUGGAUCGGAUAUUGGUCCAAUUAGGUAUUCCUCAGCCUCGACGGUCGCCAUGCUCAAGGAAAGAAUCGUUUCCGAGUGGCCAAGAGACAAAAAAAUUAUACCCAAGGCAGCAAGUGAUGUGAAACUGAUAUGUGCUGGGAAAAUCCUGGAAAACAACAAGACCGUUGGCCAAUGUAGAGUACCUUUUGGAGAGCUUCCUGGCGGAGUUAUCACAAUGCAUGUUGUUGUGCAACCAUCUUUAGCGAAAACAAAAACAGAAAAGAAAAUAGACGAGUCACCGAAGAAAAGUGUUUGCUCCUGCUCCAUUUUGUGAGGACAAAAGAAAUUGUCAUCCGAACUGAUUAUGCUGUACAAGUUACAUAUAUUACUUAGAGCCAUGGUGUGCGAAUUGCCGGAGAGAUGUCCAUCAUACCAAGUAGACCAACGUCCACCCUGUUGUGUUCUAUGGGAGAGACGUUUGUAUGUACCAGUGUAUGGCGGUGUUACAUACGCAGUUGUUGUGUGUGCCCUAAAACUACUGUCCUUUAAUUAUUAUCAAAUCUUGGUAGGUUUGAUAAAUCUACCGAUGUAUUCAUUUAUACAAACACAAUCUCUGCAUCUUUGGAAUAACAUGAUAAAUGUGAUAUGCAUCAGAAAUUUAUUGGACCCA